AUGGCAGCGCUCGACGCCGAGUUUCACCUCUUUCCAGAGCUCCCCUAUGAAGUCCGCGCGGCCAUAUGGGAGCUCUGCCUGCCACACCGCGUGGAGGAGCUUGAAUGCCCCCAUCGUUACAUCCGCUGGCCGUACAUUGGCUGCACGCUGUUCAGCGCCCACAUGGCCAAUCGCCGCCCGCCGGCCAUCUCGCGCGUGUGCCACGAGGCACGCAAGAUUGCACUGCAGACAGGCGAGGCAUACGCACGGUAUGUGACAUCCUUGGCGGAACGCUUCCCCGUCGCGCCCGACCGGAUGGAGCGCUACAACAGCCACAAAUGGUACAUGCCCGUCGACGCGACACGGUACCAGCCGCAUUACACGCUAGGCCCGGGUGACGGCGCGCGGGGCGGUGUCGAUAAUGCGCUGUGGACGCUGCCCGGCCGCUCGUCGCUGCAUCUUAACCACACCGAAGACUACCAGUACGACACGGAGAUUACGUGGGAGUUGGAGGAGCCCGUCGCCUGCCUGCACUGGUACGCUCAACACCUCCGCGCCACGUCCGUGUCCAUCAUGGCGGACCUGAUCCUGCCCUUUUACGAGAACAGCCUGCGCCGCGGCCCCGUCGUCGACGUCCCCAUGAUCCGCGCGUUGCGGCGGGCGCUGUCAUAUGCAGCCGUCGUCCUACACGUGCCCAUACACCUCACGUCCGCCACGGUGGCCCGCCAGUCUGGCCUCUUUGGCCUCUUGGGCGACGCACCGUUACAGCUCGUCAACCCGGCCACGGACUGGGCGCGCGUCGAGCAGUUCAAGGCGUUGUGGCGCGCCCACGGCCCUUACGGCCAUGCCAGCGACCGCGACGCCAUCCGUGACUUCACAGUUACCCUUGCCAGCCAGCAAGGGUUUGCGGCACGCUGCCGGCUGUGGCUCGACGAUGUCGAAAAGGUCUGGGUUAACCGGUUACACGACGCCGACGGCCGCGAGGGCCUGGCGAAGGACGAAGUUAACGAGGCCGACGAUAUGCCCAAGCCGGACGAGGACAGCGUCUGGACGGGCUCCAACGACUGGGACCCGUGGGUGCGCGACAUUGACUGGGAGAGGAGCAACAUUGCGGCGCCCACGCAGUACAUGGUCGACCUCGCGACCCGCUCGCUCAACAAGUCAAAUCCCUGGGUCCAGGCCCAGCUAGCACAGAUGCCGCAGUUUGUCCCGCACGUUAUGUUCCGGUAUUGCGACGCAAAGUGCUAUCUGUCAAAAGAGGAGCGGCCGGCGCGCCCGAUUAAAGGCUAG